AUGAACUCGGACGCUUUGACGCGAGGCCUGCUCUUUCUGUCUCUGACCGCGGCCGGAGUUCCAGGCAACGCCGCCGUCAUCUGUGCCUUCGUCUCGGUGGCGUUUCACGAGGGCCGCCUCUCGCCCGCCGACGCCAUCGUGCUGCACCUGGCCUCCGCAAACCUGAUGGUGGUGGGCAUCCGCUGCCUGCUGGAGGUCCUGGCCACCUUCCAGAUCUACAACGUGUUCGACGACACCGGCUGCAAGACGGUCAUCUUCGUCUACCGCACGUCCAGGUCUCUGUCGAUCUGGCUGACGUUCGUGCUGAGUGUGUAUCAGUGUCUGAGCGUGGCUCCGCCGGGCUCGCGUUGGGCCUCCGCCCGCGCUCUGCUCGCCCAGAACCUGCCCGCUGUGUUUCUGUCUCUGUGGCUGAUCAACACCUCCAUGAGCGCCGCUCCGCUGCUGUUCGCCGUCGGGGCCCGGAACGACUCCAGACUCCUGCAGAACGGCAUCAACGUGGAGUUCUGCUUCCUGAGCUUCCCGUCCAAGCUGUCGCGGGACGCUAACGGCGCGGCGCAGGUGGGGCGAGACGUGGUGCCCAUGGCCCUGAUGGCAGCGGCUAGCCUGGUGCUGCUGGCGUUCCUGCUCCGCCACAGCCGGCGGGCGAGGGGUCUGCGGGGCGACGGGGCCAGACGGGGCCCCUCCGCGGAGCACCGCGCCGCCCUCACCGUCGUCACGCUCGUCUCGCUCUACCUGCUGUUUUACGGGGUGGACAACGGGCUCUGGGUUUACACGCUGACCGUGCCGCAGACGCUGGGCUCCUCGCUCAUCUCAGACCUGAGGAUCUUCUUCUCGUCUCUGUACGCCGCCGUCAGUCCCGUCGUCAUCAUCGUCUCCAACAAGAAAGUUAAUAAACAGCUGAAUUGUGGGAAAGAGCCAAAGACAAUCUCGGACACGGCUCAACCCAAAGAUUGACGGACGGUCGUGUCUAAACGAGAAAAUACGCCGCUAUUUGGGAGAAAUGUAAGGACUCGUUUUGUGUCAGCUGUCUUUAAUUCUUUCACUGAAAACACAGAGUUUUCCAGGGUUCUUGUCUUAUUACGCUCUCCUGAAUGAGUCUGGAAACUCUCGAUCAAAAACAGAGACGAGGAAGACGCAGAAACUAGCGAUCUCAUAUGUAUGCAUAUGGAAAAUAAUGCAAUCAUCAAUAAUAAACAGCAUAUGAAUAAAAACUGCGUAAUGUUGCAGAGUGAAAUGUCGAUCCAGGACUGUGAAGCUUUGGGUUACUGC